AUGGGGGAGCCGAGGUUUGCAGCAAUUCAGGAGAAGAGAGAGCAAAGAGAGGCUCUCUUAGAGCUGCCUAUACACCCCGUGCUGCUGUCGCUGCUGCUGCUACCUGCUGUUUCACUCCCCCGAUGCAGACGUACGCACAAGACGCCAGCAGCAUCAGCAGCGGCAUCAGGAGCAUCAGCAGCAGCACCAGUUGCUGCUGCUGCUGCUGCUGUCGUUGCUGUAUUUGCUUUUUCGUUUGCUUUCUUCUCUUCUGCAGCAGCUACUCCCAGCUCCAGUAGCUCUAAAAGACGAGGAAAUUUAGCUGCCUAUACACCCCAAAUAAGCACACGUGCAGUCUCCCCUCAGGUGUUUAAAGGGGAUUACAAACCUUCAACAUUUCUUAUAGACACAGCAGAGCUCAUUAUUAGAUUAGAUGAAGACACAACUGUGGUAUUUGCGAAGCUGCAUAUACACCGGGCGCCUGACUCUCCCCCAGCAGAUUUGCUGCUCGAUGGAGACAACUUGCAUUUAAGAAAGGUGCUGAUCGACGGUAAAGUAAUUAAGCAGCAGCAGCAGCAGCAGCAGCAGCAGAAGCAGCAGCAGCAGCAGAAGCAGCAGCAGCAGAAGCAGAAGCAGCAGCAGCAGAAGCAGCAGCAGCAGAAGCAGCAGCAGAAGCAGCAGCAACAGCAGCAGAAACAGCAGAAACAGCAGCAACAGCAGCAGAAACAGCAGCACCAGCAGCAGCAGCAACAGCAGCAGAAACAGCAGCAGCAACAGCAACAAGUAAAGGGAUAUGUGUUGCAGAGCGACGGGCGUCUUCUGCUGCCUCAGCAGCUGCUUCCUUCAGAUUCGGGUGUCUCCUUUAUAGUGGAGACAGAGGUGGCUAUACACCCCAAAUUAAAUAACUCAAAGAGAGGUCUCUUCUUCUCUCAGUCUUCUCUUAUUACGCAGUGCGAACCCAGAGGCUUUAGGAAGAUUACCUAUUUCUUAGAUAGACCUGAUAUUCUAACAAAGUUUAAAGUGCGAUUAGAAGCUGAUGCGAAGAAGUACCCUCAGUUAGUCAGCAACGGCAACAUCGUCGGAUCGGGCAGUCUCCUUUCUCCUUCCUUUUCUUCAUCUGUCUCUUCAUCUUCAUCUGUCUCUUCAUCUUCAUCUGUCUCUUCAUCUUCAUCUGUCUCCUCACCUUCAUCUGUCCCUUCUUCUUCUGUCUCUUCAUCUGUGUCUUCUUCAUCUGUCUCUUCUUCUUCUGUCUCUUCUUCUGCUGCUGUCUCUUCUUCUGCUGCUGUCUCUUCUUCUUCUACCGGAAGCAAGCAGCCUUUGUCUGUCUCUGUCUCCUCUCCUUUCUUACACUUUGUCGAGUUUGAAGAUAAUACACCUAAGCCCCCCGAUUACUUUGGCCUGGUUGCAGGCCCCUUUAGUCUCCUUAGAGACACUUUCAUUAGCAGAAGCGGUAAUGAGGUGUCUAUACAGCUUCUAAGUCGAGAGGAGACAGCAGAUAAUUUGUUGUGGGGUCUUCAUUGUUUAAAAGAAUGCAUGCGUUAUGAAGAAGAAGAAUAUGACUUAGAAUACGAUUUGCAUGUUCUUUCUAUUGUUUGUAUUGACGGCUUCGGGGGACAGAUGGCCAACAAGAGUCUCUUCAUCUUUGACUGCGAAGUCUUAGCUGCUGAUAUAGAGACAAGCACAGGUAUACUAUUAUAG